AUGCGGGGUCGCAACUCCGUGAACACUACGAGAAUGCCCCAUCUCCUCUUGAGUCAGGCAGAUCUUUGUGUGGUACAAAUAGUGAACCACUUGGUACUCAGUGGAGCAGUGUGUCUUCUUGGAAUCGUUGCCAACAUUAUCAACAUUAUCAUAUUUUACAAACUUGGUCUUCAAGAUACUGUCAACAUUAGUCUAUUUGCCAUCUCCUUGUCAGAUCUGUGUAGUUUAGUCACGCUCGAAUGGGUAAACAUAAAUUUAAAUCCAUUCAUGGACAGAGCUGAUGUUCCAUUUGAGCCGAUGGACAUACAAUACUUAACAGGAGGCUGGCCACAUGCCUGUUUUGCUCGAAUAACUAUCUGGAUAACCAUUAUUGUCACGGCCGAGCGGUUCUGUUGUGUGGCUUUUCCGUUGAAUGUAAAACAACUAUUUAACCCUAGAACAAUAAAAAUUACUGUGUGCGUUGUUUAUGCUGCAAUGUUUGUGUUGUUAAUGCCGUUAUACGGUGGUUUGUACUUUGGGGAAAAGUUUAUUUCCUCAAGAAAUCAAACCCGGGUUGGCUUAAUGUACAGGGACAAAGGACAACAUCUAGAACACUUGGAGUUUAAACUAUAUGCGAUUAUUGAAAUAGCAACUUUUAUAAUCAUCAUUGUGUUGACCACUCUGCUUGUGGUCAGUCUGAAGCGUAGGUCAGCCUGGAGGGCAACUUUAACCACAGUUGGUCAACGUGACAACGCUGUAAGAAUCAGAGACCGGAGAAGAUUGAAGCUGGUCACCUUAGUGGCAAUGAUGGUUAUUAUCUGCUUCAGUCCGGCAUUUGUCAUGUACUUCGCUACAUUCUUCUUGCCUGGAUUCAGCCUAACAGGCAAAUAUUCCAUAAUGUUUAACGUACUGUGGUCUUUUACUUUCUUGGCCGAGGCGAUCAAUUCCAGCGUCAAUAUCUUCAUAUUCUGCAAGAUGAGCUCCAAAUUCAGACGUGCUCUACGGAAACUGUUCUCUAUAUGUCAACGGUUCUGA